GCUCAGUGACAGAUGAUGUGGACAUGGAAAUGGGUGCAAACCUUCGUUAGCGGGUGAGCGACAAACGUUAAUGUACGGGUAACGAAGUAACCUAAAGCUACGGAAAAUGGGGCUAUAAAAGAGCUUUGCAUUUUUAUCAUAAUUUAAAGUUGGACGUUACUGUACUGGAUAAUAACCAAAAUCGUCAGCAACGAUGAUGGCAGAAUGUGAUCCAAACGAGAACGAAGAGCUAGACAGCGCGGAGGCAUUGGAGGAAAAGCCCAACUUUCCUUCGCCCAUUGUCUCGUCGGUAUUGUUUGACAGGAACCGAACUGAAUGCACACUGGGGUUGACUUUAAAUCCAGGAGGCGCAGUUCGGAUUUCGGACUCAUGUGAAAGUGUUUUAACUGAGCUUGAAGCAGAAGGCUCUGGCGAAGAGGCACUUUUGUUACCCAGUCCGGCCGGAAAUCUGUCACCUCGAGGAGGUAAAGACAAACGCUCGAGACGGAACAGGAACAGCUCUUCUUCGGAUAAAGAGAAUUUGGCUUCACCAGGCAACAGCAGCGGAGACUUCAACCACUUCCCCGAGGACCCGGCCUUUGCAGAAAUUGUCCAACGCGCGGAACAGGCCAUUGAGAAUGGGGUCUUCCCUGAGCGCAUUUCCCAGGGUUCCAGUGGGAGCUACUUUGUUAAAGACCCCAAGGGGAAAAUUGUUGGCGUAUUCAAACCAAAGUCAGAAGAGCCUUACGGACACCUAAACCCCAAAUGGACCAAAUACUUCCACAAGGUGUGCUGUCCUUGCUGCUUUGGCCGAGGCUGCCUCAUCCCCAAUCAGGGCUACCUCUCUGAGGCCGCGGCCUCUCUUGUUGACCAAAAACUCGGUCUGGAGGUGGUCCCCAAAACAAAGGUCGUUUAUCUGGUCAGUGAGACCUUUCACUACAAUGCCAUUGACCGGGCCAAAUCGAGAGGCAAGAAGUACGCACUUGAGAAAGUUCCCAAAGUAGGUCGUCGAUUCCACCGCGUCGGCCUGCCUCCAAAGGUUGGGUCCUUCCAGCUCUUUGUGGAGGGCUACCAUGAAGCAGACUACUGGCUGAGGAAGUUUGAAGCAGAGCCCCUACCUGAGAACAUAAGGAAACAGCUCCAGUCCCAGUUUGAGAGGCUGGUGGUAUUGGAUUAUGUCAUUCGAAAUACAGACCGAGGCAACGAUAACUGGUUGAUCAAGUAUGAGAAGCCUGGAGAUGGAGAAGCCACUGAAAAGGACUCUGAAUGGGCCUCAACAAAGGACUCGGCCAUCAAGAUAGCCGCUAUAGACAAUGGACUGGCUUUCCCUUUCAAGCACCCAGAUGAAUGGAGAGCUUACCCCUUCCACUGGGCAUGGUUGCCCCAGGCUAAAGUGCCCUUUUCACAGGAGACCAGAGACCUGGUGCUCCCACGCAUCUCGGACAUGAAUUUUGUGCAGGAUCUCUGUGAGGACCUGUACGAAAUGUUCAAGACGGACAAAGGCUUUGACAAAACCAUGUUUGAAAAGCAGAUGUCUGUCAUGAGAGGACAGAUCCUGAACCUGGCGCAAGCACUGAAGGACGGGAAGAGCCCCAUCCAGCUGGUGCAGAUGCCGAGGGUGGUGGUGGAGAGGAGCCGCGGGGGCGGGCAGGGCCGCGUGGUGCAGCUGGGCAACGCCUUCACCCAAACCUUCCACUGCAAGAGGCCCUUCUUCUCGUCCUGGUAGAUGCCUGGGCUCUGGGGCCGAGUGGGAGAGCAGAGUUGAGACCAAGAAUGGCAUUUUCUUGAGCAUGGCGUGCAAGAAUUGUUGAGCACCUUCAUUGGCCUGCAUAGCACUGUUAUUAUUGUUGCCUAAGCAAUCAUCAAUGUGUUGCCUAAGUAUGCAUUAGGGGAUUUUUAAUAUGCCAUUACGUUAGCAGGUGCAUUCAGAGUGUGGCUCUGGUGAGGAUGGUAUGUGGGCUCAGUGGAGGUCUUUUCACAACCUUGCUGCAGAAUAGUUCAAAGAAUGCAUUAUCCAGAAAUAUCAUGUGAAGCAAGAAGAAGUCUUGGGUAGGAGUUUGAAUAAGCAUAAGUUGUUUGGUGGUUGGUGGGUGGACUUGAGGAAAGCAAUGUGACCAUUUUGAGUGAUUGUUCAUGCUUUUUUUUGUUUUUUUUUUGUUUUUUUUUACUUUGAGAUAUCUGGGCUGCUGUGUUUUCUGUAUGAGCCUUUCCCAGAUUUGUUGUUCAGCAUAGUACUGUCAGUGCUUAGCGGUGGCCAUUUUGAAAGAGGCAAAGGGAAUUUUUUUGUUGUAUCUUGGGAGGGGUGAAUGCGGAAGCGAGGAUGGUCAAGAUGUUGGCCUGCCUCAUCACAACUGCCAAAUUAGUUUAGUUCAUAACACAGAGGAAGAAAGACUAUCGUGGCUAACAGAAACUUGAAGUUAAAAAAGAAAAUGAAAGAAAUGUGUAUGAAUGUAACUGCAAGUUUACACUUUUGACUUAGGCCUACAAACAUUUCAGUACAAAGACACGCUGCAGAUUCUGGGGUGUUUUUUCAUACCUUGAAUGUAUUUGUCAAUGGACACAUUUGAAUACAGUUGACAGUAAACAAACAAGUGGGGUACUUGUGCCUCCUACACAACAGCUUAUCCAAGAUCACAGUUGACUGAUUCUCAGUGGUUAAGCAUUUCUACCAAUGUAUGCAUCUUGGACUUUUUAUUCCUAUUCAAUGAUUGUAAAAUUAAGAUUGUAUAUUAGUGUCUUGAAAUCAAAUAAAAUUGCAGAUUUGAAGAA